UUUUCUAGUAUACCAUACCUCGAAGAACGCGUAAACACUGUACUGUUUAUCGUAUGUAUGCAACAUGCAAAAGCAAAAUAUAUGUGUUGAUGUGUAAUAAUGUGCGUUUUUAUUCACGCGUCGAAUUUUCACCCCGAAGUUGAUAAAAGUCAAGAGGAGAAAAGAGAAAGAUAAAAUUUAAGUUUCUUGGUAAUUUGGAAACAUUUUGCCAGCACCAUUGGCAAUUGUUUUUGGUUGACGAGUAGAGUCGUUAAUCUUGGCUUCGUCAAAUCCUGUAUUGUUUUUAUAUAUCCCACAUCUUUUACAGGGUGUCCCAAAAAGAGUAUUAGUCCUUUAAGGGGGUGGUAGUUGGGGUGAUUCUGAACAACAUUUUCCUUUGCGAAAAUGUUGUUUGAAGCUUCGUUUCUGAAUUAUUAAGGAAAAACACUAGCCAAUCAGAGCGCGCGCAUAGUGCGCAUGCUCAGGGACGAUGGCGUCGGCCCGGCCUAGGCCCCGAACGAACACUUUCGGCACGCUGCUGGUAUUGCAGGAGUCGAGACUGCCGCCCGUGAACCCGCGCGCUAUGCGCGCUCUAAUUGGCCAGUGUUUUUCCCUAGGGACCAGCGUCGGACUUUCCGCUCGGGCCCCGCCGUGCCAGUCCUCAAGAACCAGCCACUAACUUUAUGUUCAACCGCUGGCCUAAACGGAACGGCAAGCAAAACAGGCCGGGCGCUUAACGUGUUAAUGAUUCAAAAACGAAGCUUUAAACAACAUUUUCGAAAAGGAAAAUGUUGUUCAAAAUCAUCCCAUCUACCAUCCCUUUAAAGGACUAACACUCUUUCUAGAGCAUCCUGUAUAGUCCGUCCAACGAAACGAGUCAAUAAAUGUAAACAAAACAGCUGCGUGGUGUUCACGCGAUGGAUGUCAGCGGCUCUUACUAUUGGCUGUCGAGUGUCGAGUUCAGGGCCAACUUUCGGCGGUCUUUUGCCGUGGUCCCUUACUUGGAAAGCCAGGAGGGAACUUAUAGCGUUUUUCAAAUACGCACACCGCGAUCAUAGCAAUACCCGUAUAUAGGGUGCACAAAAAAUAUUUGUCAUGAUUUUGGGAGAUGACUUUACACCUAUUAUUAGCCAUCCCGUAUCUGAGAUUGAAAAUCUUGAGAAGGGGGCUAUAGUAAACGGUAAGGCCAAUGUACAGGCCGAACGGUAAGAGUUAUCGAAAAAAUUCUUGCGCCACUGUGUUUAGUGGGUCAAAAUCUCAACGAAUGGCCGAAAAAAAAUGUUCUCUUUUUUUUUCGAUCUGACCGGAAAUGGUUGAAAAAGGGUUGGCUCUAGUGCGAAUCUCGCUCUAGUUCACUUUAUUUUGUUAUUGUCCCAAAAUAAGUAGCUUUUUAUUUUUUAGUAUGCAGGGAUCGAUAUACCGUAAGCCGAUCCUGCUUCGCGUCUAAGAAUUUCUAUACAUUUACUGACUCGUCUCGUUGGACUGACUAUAUGUAUAUCUGUAUAAACGUAACAAAUAAUCAUAUAAUUUAUUGGUGCAAUUUUCUGGUAAAAAGCUAAAAAAUGUGAAAAAUGUGAUAAAUAAUAAAUUGACGGAUCUUCAAUUGGAUGUUUGUGCGGGCAAAUUUACGCGCCAUCGGGCGGUAUUGAUCGGACCUAAUGGACACGAGACGAGAUAUGUAGUAGCCGUGGUGGAAAACGUGUUGCCCGCCCCACGGCGACACUCGUUCAAGCUUGCCGAGCUUCGGGACACGGACGGUGAGGAACUUGCUGAACUUUGAAAAUCAAUGCCAAUGUUCAGCUGGCGCGUUAUAGCUGGGCCAACCAGUAGAGGAAGAGAGGAAAAAGCGGGAAAAGAGAAGAAAGGGAGAAAGGGAGACAGGAAGAAAGCGGGAAAAGUAGCAUAUUGAUCUGUCUCCUUGCAGACUCGGCUCGUAUGCCCGCCACGCUUCACUGUCUGCCUGCCUGCGCGCAAAACCGUGCCUUUAAAGCCGAUACACUACAACGCAUGGUGGUUAGACGAUAUCGCGUGAUCGGACAGUCAGGGCAUUUACACAUAUGAAGAAGCCUAAUGUAUUAGAGUACUUGGAUCUAUGCGAGAAUCCAUUGCUGACAUCUUAUUCAAGAAUGCAUUCGCAAUCAACCAGUGAUUAUAAUUGCAAUUAUAAUUCUGAUUGUUAUUGUAAAAUUCGUAUUCCAAUCGCACGGCAAAGAAGGGAAACUCGUUCGUCUGAAAAUAGACGCGCCGCACCUUCGUGUAAAAAUUUUAAUAGUAAAACGGAAAUAAUCAGAAGCGCGAACAAAGUUCCAACGAUCCCAGCGAAGCCGAUCGAGGACGAUGACGACGACGACGACGACGACGACGACAUCGACGACGACGACGUCGAUGGUAACGAAGAAGAAGAGCUGGAUAGUAAAAGAUCUAGCAUAACAUUGCCGAUUUCCCCGGUGUUAAGUCCGGAAACGAGUACAGCUCUUCAACAAAUGGAAAGAUUGAUCAAAGAUGCAAGAAUUCAGAUUAAAGAAAUAAGCACGAUCGGCGGUAAUAUUGGUCGCGUUAGGAACUGUAUUAACGCAUGGCCGGAUGAAACACCUUUAGAUGAUGAAAACGAUCAAUUGCUGUACAUCCGUGAACGCGUGGCAUAUAAAUUUCAAGAAGCAAACGGCUGGAUCGAUAGAAAAUUGAAAAGCGAAGAAUUUGUUGAGAAGAAAAUGAAAGGAAAAGAUUUCUCUAACCCGAAAUAUCAAAGUUCCGAGGAAAGAUAUCGAGAAUUUAUGCGGCAAAGAAAAUUACAAGCUGAGAAGGUCGGAUUUUCAGUAGCAGUCGUGAACAACGAACAAACGAAAAAUUGCAGUGAAACUGCUGAACCUAAUUUUAAUCUUAAUCUCGAUCUUGAUCGGCGUGAAUCAAUGAAAAAUACGAAAAUCGACACGUGUUCCGUUCAAGUUGGACCGUCGAUAAACAUCAAAGCGGAUUUAAUAGCUCGAAAUUUACUAAGUAUUCACAUAUCACCGGACGCUUCGUUUGCCCAAGAAACCGCGAACGUUCGAACCUACGAAAUUAAUCAUGAUUUUUCCCCCAAACAACCAUCUCCCGUUCGUAAAGAGAAGCUCGUUAAGAUACUAAACGAGAAUCAAACGAAUUACGAGACCAAAGCGAAGGAUUUUAAUGAAAUUGAAAAUAAAAACUCUUCCGCUUGCACUUGUGUUUCGAAAAAAGUAAAUUUCCAAGGAUCCAGUUCGAUGGUAGAAAACGAGAAAAAUUUAGAGAAUAACAGUGUUAACGCCGAAAACGAAAAAUCACUAUUUAUCCAGGAUACAUUUUUAGAUACGAAUAAUUUAUCAAACAACCCUCCCUCUCUCGAUCGACCCGAUCAACUCCCCGUAGAAAAUUCUAUAGAAAAUCAAGAAAAAGAAAAAUCGAUUAAAGUGGAAUUCAAAUCGUUGGAUUAUUCUUCAGUUUCGAUAAAGGAAACGAAUGAUCAGUGUACAGUGCGUUGCGUUGACAACACUGUCGCGGCGGGUGACUCUAACACAUAUUCACGUCGGAGAGCCGAUUGGCUAGGGACACGUGACGGAGGGACCGCAGCCAAUCAGCUGCCGGCGCGUGCAUGUGUUAGUGUCACGCACCGCGACAGAAUCAACGCAACUCAUUGUACUCCAUUAUCCGUGAACGAGAUCGAAACGAGACGUUUGACGAAUAAAAGAAGACACAAGGAAAUUUGUGGAAAACAGAAAUCUAAAAAGGACGAACGUUACAAACGCAUCGAUCAACAUUUCUCUGACCUUCUAAACAAAUACUGUGCUGAACAAAGAAAAAACAAUCAUUUUACCAGACAAGAUUCUUCCGAACAUUCGGAUCUAAUUGUCCCUCCUUUCUACGAACCAUCUAUAGAUCAAUUUGAUAAUCUUUUAACGGCCUACGAUCAAAUAAUCGACAAUGUUGUUCUAUCCACGAAAACGAUCGACAAAUUUCUCUCUCGAGCUGAAUUGAAAAACGAAUUUCCGAACAGUAAAAGUAAAACCGGUACAUCGAAACCUAACCUUCUUCGUCAGUCGCGAAGAAAAGAACAACCGAUCGUUUCUAAAUACCGAUCAAGAAAAUCCUCCGUCAAGAAAAAUAUUAAUAAAGAUGUAGAAAAGAUAGGUUAUAAUAAUUCGAGAAAAUCGUUUAUCCUUUCUCCAACAGAAACAUUGAACGAGUCUGGUCAAAACGAAGAAAGCACAGAGUCGAGCAAAGAUGGCGGGAAAAUAAUGAGAGUUAACGAUCCGGAAGAAGGUUGUUCUUUUAAAAAAUUUUCAACCGAAAUAUUACCUUCGUUUCAAGUUGAAAAUAAUGAUGGUUCAAGUUUCGAUACUUGUUCUUCGUCGAGCAGAAAUUUGGAAAAUCUUGUUAACAAGGAAACGAUAUUUCAAGCAUCGAAACAGGCUGAAAAUGUUCGAACCGAAGAAAUGGAAAAAGUGAAAGAAAUAGUAGGGAAGAAUCGUUCUGAUUGCGCUACGUUGUACAAUGUUACAUGUUCGAAUAGUUUAAAAGAAAUUCUACCGGACACCGAGAACAUGGAACGCUCGAUCGUCCGAGUUGUUCGAGAAGAGACUCGGUUUAUCGAAGAAAAGGUUAAAAACGUUUUCAACCUCGACGAAAUAGUACCAUUGUUAGCGAAAGGUUUAUUAGAGAAUUUACGAAAUAACAUUUCGAAUUUUCAACCGAUCGUUGUUCCAAAUCCCUUACCUAACGAUGCAGCUUUUAUGAAUGUUCCAAUUUUCGAAAAAGAAGAAAAUUUCCGUCUAACGGAAAACGUAAUGAUGCCAAUCGUCGUCGAACAAACGAAUGAAAUUCAUUCAGAGUCCUUAAAAAAAGAGACUUCUGGCAUGGAAAAACGUUGCGAAAUUCUAUCGAACGAUACGAAAGAAAUUGAAAAGACUGAUGCACCGAUGGAAAAUCUUUUUGAAGAAGAAAAUUUAUGCGAAGCUCUUUCGAAAGAUUCCACCAAAAAUACGAAUGAAAACGCAUCGUUUUUAGGUGAUACAAUUUCCGAAUUACCGCAACAACAUUCUAUAAAUCCCAAUUCGGUUGAAAAUCUAAGAAAAGAGCAGAUUUCGUCGUCGUCUGAUUCUUUACACGAUUGCGCGUCUCUUCAAAGUUCGAAAAACAUUUCGGGAACGUCUUCGAACGUCGUACAAUCAUCGGGAAAAAUUGUAAAUGAAAUGAAACAAAUUUCAGAAAUAAAUAACGAGGUUGCUAAUGAAGAAAUAAACGGGAAUAAUUCGUCUUUUCUUUGCGGAGCGUUUGAAAAAGAUCAAAUUUUAUCUGAAUUCUACCAAGAUACGGAUCAAAGAUUUAUCUCUUCCACGUUUAACAGAAAUUAUUCGAAUCUGCUAAAUCAAAAUUUUAGAUUGUCCAGUAGUGAAUCUGCAAUUGAAUCUAAAGUUGAAGCAUCGUCGACUGGUUCUCAUUCCGAAGGAGAGAUACAUAUGCCAAGUUCCGCUUCCUAUUCCAUUGGAGAAGUCAGGAUGUUGAAGAAAAAUCGAUCAGACGAAGAAAAUUCUACCGACGAUGAUAUCACGAUUUUUCUUACGGAACAAAUGCUCGCUUCGUGGAAUGAAUCCUCGAAGGUGAACACGCGUGUAACUUUACUUAUUUAUACAUGCUAAAUUAGCAAUCGUAUUGAACAGAGUAUCAACAGGAUGUCGACGACGCUAUCUUGUCACGCGGUUACACUAUCAUUCCAUUUUGUUUUUUAUUUUAGGCAUUGGUACAAAGUAUGGGAGAAAUAUAAAGUUGCUGAUUUGAUUGAAAACGCGUAACAAGUAAUCGAUGUGAAUUCUAUGGUAAAU